UAGAAAGCUUUAGGGAUUGGCAUAUUUGCCCAAUCUCUAAUCCACAAACCCUAAUUUCGCCUUCUAAUAAUGGGUCAGGGCACUCCCGGCGGCCUCAAUCGGCAGCUCCCCGGCGACCGCAAGAACGAAGGCGACAAGAAGGAAAAGAAAUUCGAACCGGCGGCGCCGCCGGCUCGCGUCGGACGCAAGCAGCGCAAGCAGAAGGGCCCGGAGGCGGCUGCACGGAUUCCGGCGGUGACGCCGCUGACGAAGUGCAAGCUGCGGCUCCUGAAGCUGGAGAGAAUCAAGGACUAUCUGCUGAUGGAGGAGGAAUUCGUGGCCAAUCAGGAGCGGCUAAAGCCACAGGAGGAGAAGACGGAGGAGGAUCGGUCCAAGGUUGACGACCUGCGGGGCACGCCAAUGAGCGUCGGGAAUUUGGAGGAGCUGAUUGAUGAGAACCACGCCAUCGUCUCCUCGUCGGUCGGGCCGGAGUAUUAUGUUGGGAUAUUGUCGUUCGUCGAUAAGGAUCAGCUGGAGCCGGGAUGCGCGAUUCUGAUGCACAAUAAGGUUCUUUCAGUUGUUGGACUGCUUCAAGAUGAUGUCGACCCCAUGGUAUCAGUGAUGAAGGUUGAGAAGGCUCCUUUGGAGUCAUAUGCUGAUAUUGGUGGACUUGAUGCCCAGAUCCAGGAGAUCAAAGAGGCAGUUGAGCUUCCAUUAACGCACCCUGAAUUAUAUGAAGAUAUUGGUAUUAAACCUCCCAAGGGUGUUAUACUCUAUGGAGAGCCUGGAACUGGAAAAACAUUACUUGCAAAGGCUGUGGCAAAUUCUACUUCUGCAACUUUCUUGCGUGUUGUUGGAAGUGAAUUAAUUCAAAAGUACCUGGGAGAUGGCCCUAAGUUGGUGAGAGAACUCUUUAGAGUUGCUGAUGACCUCUCACCGUCAAUUGUCUUCAUUGAUGAAAUUGAUGCUGUUGGUACAAAAAGGUAUGAUGCCCACUCAGGUGGUGAACGUGAAAUUCAGAGGACAAUGUUGGAAUUGCUGAAUCAGUUAGAUGGUUUUGAUUCAAGAGGUGAUGUGAAAGUGAUUCUUGCGACGAAUAAAAUUGAAAGUCUUGAUCCUGCGUUACUUAGGCCAGGUAGAAUAGAUAGAAAGAUUGAAUUCCCUCUACCAGAUAUCAAGACAAGAAGGCGGAUUUUCCAGAUUCACACAUCAAGGAUGACAUUAGCUGAUGAUGUGAACCUAGAAGAGUUUGUGUAA